GUGCUCACUUCCCCUUCCUCUGUGUCCGGGGGACUGGAGCUCUGGUGGGGACUUUGGGACAGUCAGUUCCCUCGCUAAUCACGGGGGUGGAGGGCAGCUCGGAAGAGGCCUCUGCGGGUCCCCACGCGGGGCUGGGGCCUCCCGAGCCGUACUGGGCGCGGCCGUUCCCCUGCGGGUCCGAGCUGUCACCCUCUCCAAGACCCUCUCUGGAGGAGCCAAGACUCGCUUAGCGCGGGCUCCAGCCGUUGCAGGCGUCUUUCUUCUUGAAUCUCAUCUCCACAUUCUCCGGACUCUUCAUACCGAAGCCUUCAGGGUAUGUAAUAGCCAUGCCUGUGGACACGCUGAAUCCUGGAGGUCGAGACACCCCCUCCCUACCUUUCCGCCUGCGGACCAAGGUUCCUGGCUACUUACUACGCCGGCCAGCAGAUGGUGGAGCCCGGAAACCCAGUGCUGUGGAGCGCCUGGAGGCCGACAAGGCCAAGUACGUCAAGAGCCUGCAUGUGGCCAACACCCGUCAGGAACCUGUGCAGCCCCUGCUGUCCAAGCAGCCACUUUUCAGCCCUGGGACUCGCCGCACGGUGCUCACACCUAGUCGCCGAGUUUUGCCUGGCCCCGGCCGCCGGCCGCAGCUGGACCUGGACAUUCUUAGCAGCCUCAUCAACUUGUGUGACAGCCCUGUGUCCCCUGCAGAGGCUAGCCGUGUCCCCGGAAGGGCAGAGGGAACCCGUCAGGACCCCCCAGCCACCUCCCAACGCCCGCCGCCCAGUACGACUGCAGUCCGCCGAGUGGAUGUCCGUCCCCUGCCUGCCUCACCUGCUCGGCACUGCCCAUCCCCAGGCACUGCCACUGCCUCCAGCCCAGCUCGGCCACCAGGAUUGCAACGCUCCAAGUCGGACCUGAGUGAGCGCUUCUCGCGGGCAGCUGCUGACCUUGAGCGAUUUUUUAACUUUUGCGGCCUGGACCCCGAGGAGGCACAGGGGUUGGGUGUUGCCCACCUGGCGCGGGCCAGCUCGGACAUAGUGUCCCUGGCUGGACCCAGUGCUGGGCCGGGCAGCUCUGAGGGGGGCUGCUCCCUCCGCAGCUCUGCCACUAUUGAGGAGCGGGCCCGGGAGCGUGUCCCCUAUGGGGUGUCGGUGAUAGAGCGCAACGCCCGCGUGAUCAAGUGGCUGUACGGGUUGCGGCAAGCGCGGGAGACCCCAGCAGCUGAGGGCUAGGCCUCCAGUGGACUGGGCAUUAGCCACAAGGCCCGCCUUAGGCAGGCAGGUGGCCCCUUGAUCUCUCCUGCGUCUGUUUCCUGGCUUGGGGCAAACCAGGGGCCGUGCCUUGUGUGAACUUGGUGUUGAGGUAGAAGCUCAGAGGCUGGACCAGCAUCUACCUGACAAGGAAUGACCCUGGAGACAAUUGCCUCUUUGUCAUGGACCACUCCCUACCCUUCACAUGUAGGGGUGUUGACAUGAGUGUACCGCUGCUUAGGUGGUCUCAGGGGUUUGGAUUUAGGGCACUUAGCCUUCCCCUCUGAGAGUGAGGGCCAAGGGAAUCUCACCAGGCCUGGCUCACCCAGCAGCUCUGUUUCCUUCUUCCUUGGCCUCUGUCCUUUGCUGGCUUCCUCUUCCUUACCCAGGAGGCCCUGUUUCCCCGGGAACUCACCCUGGGUUGCGGGCAGGGAGGAGUGGCCUGUCCACUGUAUGUCCAGGGCCUUGGCAGCCUGGCCCAGAUGGGUAGACUAUAGGAGGGACUGAUAGGAGUCUGCAGUGCUCCAGCUUCCCUCCCUUUGGUUAAUAAACACAAAUGCUUGUUUUUCAAA